AUGCGGGGGCGGCCAAACGUUGAUGCGCAGACGUCAUCACGUGAGCAAGGCUCGACCGCUGACCAACUGCCGACACGACAUCAUGCCUUGAAUUGGCUCAAACCGUCGGAGUUGGCCUCCGACAGCGGCAGCGACCCUCGCGCGAUACCUCUGCUUGGCAACGGUGUCGAUAGCGACGCGGAAAAGGACGUUGAAAUCGUCGUUGAAAUCGUCUUUGACAUUGCCGUCGAGACCGUCGUCGAGACCGUCGUCGAGACCGUCGUCGAGACCGUCGUCGAGACCGUCGUCGAGACCGUCGUCGAAGCCGUCAUCGAAACCGUCGUCGUCGAAACCGUCGUCAAAAUCGUCCUUGACAACGACGUUGAAAGCAAUCGGCAUCGGCCUCAAAGUCAUCCUCGACCGGCCAUCACCGCGCACAUGACGGCCGUCGCCGCACCGCCAAGCUUCGUCUCCCGGCCUUGGGCCGAUGAGAGGGGCAUGUUGCGGAAGCAGCUCUCGCGGUCCAACUCGUCCUCGUCGGCCUCGUCGACGUCGUCCCUCUCCUCCAACACCACCACGUCGGCCUCGGACCUGCAGUGGUCACGCAAGCGCCCCAAGAGCUGGUCCAAGGACGACCUGCGGCUCGCGCCACGGCCCAACGGCCAACCCCAGAUGGCUCGCCCCGAGCCCCCCCAGGCGUCGCCGACGCAGCUGCCGCCCGGCCAGCCGGUCCUCUACCUGCUGUCCCUGAACGGCACCUUUGAGCGCAAGACGAUCGCGGUGCCCUUUGCGCCCGACAGCCUCCGCAUCGGCCGGCAGACGAACCAGAAGACGGUGCCGACGCCGGCCAACGGCUUCUUCGACAGCAAGGUGCUGUCGCGGCAGCACGCCGAGAUUUUCGCCGAGCGAAACGGCAAGAUCUACAUCCGCGACGUCAAGUCGUCCAACGGCACCUUUGUCAACGGCACUCGCCUGUCCCAGGAGAACCGCGAGUCGGAGCCGCACGAGCUGCAGACGGCGGACCACCUCGAGCUCGGCAUCGACAUUGUCAGCGAGGACCAGAAGACGGUGGUGCACCACAAGGUCGCCGCCAAGGUCGAGCACGCCGGCUUCCUGAGCAACACGAGCAACGUGCUCGACAUGAACUUUGGCGACCUCGACCCGGCCAACGGCAUGCUCGUGCCCAACGGACCUCGGCGACCCAUGGGCCGGCCGGCACCCGUCAACGGGCAGCGUCCCUUUUUCCUCGCGCCCAUCGCCACCGACCAGAUCCUGAAGCGGUUGACGGCGGAGAUGCGGAACGCGCGUCUGCAGGCGCAGGACCUGUCCCGCACGAACCAGUUUGUCCGCACGCUCCUGUCCAAGGACGACGUCAAGGAUCUGGAAAGGGAAGAGCCCAAGAUGUUCCGCGACAAGACGCGCUUCUCGGACCCUCCGGCGCCGCCCCCGCAGCAACCUCUGCCGGAGAAGCCGGACCAACGCAAGCUCAAGUCGCCGGUGCGGGACGUGCAGAUCAUGCAGCUCACCGAGGCCUUGAACAACGCUCGGCGCGACUUUGACAGCCAGGCCGUCCGGCUGCGGGAGCUCGAGGGCAUGCUGGCCCGGGAGCGCGAGGCGCGCGAGCUCGCCGAGGAUGUCGCGCGGCGGCUGAAGGAUCGGACGGGCGCGACGCUCGAUGCCGACGCGGUCGGAGCAGCGUCCGUCGAGGCGCACGAGCGAGAGCUGGACGACGGCAUCGCGUCCGGCUCGGCCGGUGAAGGGGGCUUGCGGGAAGAGGCCUCGGGGCCGAAUUCAGCGCCCGGACCGACGCUCUCCGUGGACACGACAUUCGAGCAGUCCGUCGACGAGGUGACGCCGACCUCGACGCAGUCAUCGACGGAACGACACGUCGCGGCGCUCGGGAAGGCCCCCGAAGUGGCCUCGUCCGACGCCGCGUCCGACACAAAGGCCGACGGCCUGCCCGAUGGUCAAGCCGUCACGUCACCCGACGUCACGAACCUGCUCGCGCGCAUCAACUCGAUGGACGGGCAGAUGCGACAGCUGCGCGAGCAGCUCCAGACGUGGCGGCAGCGCUGCGAGACGGCCGAGUCGGAACGCGACACGGAACGCGCCUCCCUCGCCGACAUGGUGCUGCGGCUGCGGGCCAAGGCCGAGGCCGAGGGGCAAGCCCAGGCGCACGCGCAGGCCCGGGCCGACAGGAAACCGAGCCGAGGCGCCGGCAAGGCGCCGCCGGUGAGCGCGAAACGUCAGGCCGGAGGGACCAUGACGGCCAGCGCGCCGGGCACGCGGGCGAUGGAGCUGCAAGAGGUGCUCCCGUUCGCCUCGAUGCUGGGCGUCGUCCUCAUCGGCAUGGGAUUCAUGGCGUACAUAAACGGCUGGAGCGACGGCCGGUCCAUCCGAUACGAGCGAUGA